AUGGCACUUAACAGCAAUGUGAAGGCUGGGACUGCAGUUGCCUUGGAGUUCUCCAAGGAAAGGGAAAAGGCAAAAGCACGAGGAGACUUCCAGAAGCUGCGGGAGAAGUAACAGUUAGAGGAGGACCUGCAGGGCUAUCUAGACUGGAUCACCAAGGCUGAGGAGCUAGACAUCGAGAACCCCUCUACAGGUGGCAACUCCAAGCCUCAGCUGGACACGCUGACCAAUAGGAGACUUGGAUGUCUGUGCUGCUUCAGUCACGCCACUCGUUCCACAUACUCCAGCAGCAGCCAUGUAUCACUACCCUGCCCACAGCCCAAUUCAAUGGUGGAAACCCCAGGAGAGGAGGAAGAGGAAGAGGGUGCUCUGGCCAGCUGUACACGCUGCCUGUGAGGGUCCCCAAAAAAGAUCAUGAAAACCAGGGUCUGCCACUGCCUCAACUGAGCCAACCGAGGUCUGCGCGCACAUUGCCAGUGGGCAGUGAAGUCCAAUGACUGCUACUGGGCUAUGCUGCUGGUGGUCUUCCUCAACACUCUGACCAUUGCCUCAGAGCACCAUGGGCAACCCAUGUGGCUCACCCAAAUCCAGGAUUAUGCGAACAAAGUGUUGCUCUGUUUAUUCACGGUGGAGAUGCUUCUCAAGCUGUAUGGUUUGGGUCCCUCUGCCUAUGUCUCCUCCUUUUUCAAUCGCUUCGACUGCUUCAUGAUCUGCCGGGGAAUCCUGGAGACCACCCUGGUGGAGGUGCAUGCCAUACAGCCUUUGGACAUCUCAGUACUCGGGAAGUGUGUCCUCCUCAGGAUCUUUAAGGUCACAAGACACUGGGCAUCACUGAGCAAACUGGUGGCAUCUCUACUCAAUUCAAUGAAAUCCAUUACAUCCCUGCUGCUUCUCCUCUUCUUCUUUAUCAAUCUGCUUGGCAUGCAGCUGUUUGGGGGCAAGUUCAACUUUGACCAGACCCACACCAAGCAAAGUACAUUUUAUACCUUCCCCCAGGUCCUCCUUACAGUCUUUCAGAUUCUUACGGGUGAGGACUGGAAUGUGGUCAUGUAUGACGGUAUUAUGGUCUAUGGUGAUCCCGUCUUCCCAGGGAUGCUAGUCUGCAUCUAUUUCGUCAUCCUUUUCAUCUGUGGCAACUACAUUCUGCUGAAUGUGUUUCUUGCUAUUGCUGUGGACAACCUGGCCAGUGGAGAUGCAGGCACUGCCAAGGAUAAGGGCAGGGAGAAGAGCACUGAAGGGAAUCUCCCACUAGAGAAGUCAGGACAUUAUCCACACCUCCCACUACCACCGAUAGCUGUCUGUGUGCCUGAUGGGGAGAAAGAUGAAGAAGAUGCCAAGAGUGAAAGAGCAGGCAAGUGGGCAGGGCCAAGCAUGGAAAAGAAGGAAGAAGAAGAGGAAGUGGCAGAAGAAAGAUGUGCCAGGCGUGUGGAAAUUAUGCAAGAAGUUGUACCCCAGGAAAAGGUGGUACCCAUCCCUGAGGGCAGCGCCUUCUUCUGCCUUAGCCAAACCAACCUACUAAGGAAAACCUGCCAUAUCCUCAUCCACCACCAUACCAUCACCAAUCUUAUUCUGGUGCUCAUCAUCCUCAGCAGUGUGUCCCUAGCCACUGAGGAUCCCAUCCGAGCCCACUACUUUCACAACCACAUUCUGGGUUACUUCGACUAUGCCUUCACUUCCAUCUUCACUGUGGAAAUUCUAUUAAAGAUGAUUGUGUUUGGGACUUUCCUGCACCAUGGGUCCUUCUGCCGUAGCUAAUUCAAUCUGUUGGAUCUGCUGGUAGUCAGUGUAUCCCUCAUCUCCUUUGGCAUCCACUCCAGCGCCAUCUCAGUGGUGAAGACUCUUCAUGUCCUCUGGGUACUGGGGCCCCUCCGAGCCAUCAACAGGGCCAAAGGACUUAAGCAUGUGAUACAAUGUAUGUUUGUGGCCCUUCGGACCAUUGGAAACAUCAUGAUUGUCACCACACUCCUGAAAUUCAUGUUUUCCUGCAAUGAUGUACAGCUCUUCAAGGGGAAAUUACACAGCUGCACUGAUGAAGCUAAACACUCUCCCCAAGAAUAUCUGGUCUGCCUAAUGUGCCUGACUUUCCUCAGGAGAAACUCAGAGAUUCUUGUUUUUACUAUACCAGAAGAAAGACAAAGUAAGCCCAUGGGAACCAAAGGGCAGGACAAGAAAGAUGAGGAAGUGGAAGUCUCUAACCUACUCUCCUAUCUAGAUGAGCAGCCAGGGAUACACCCAGACCUAGUCCUUCUGCCACCUCAUAGACCUCAGAGAUACAUGGAUGGGCACUGUGUCCCCCAUCGCCAUCUGCUGCCCCCCACUCCUGCAGGUCAGAAGCCCUCCUUCGCCCUCCAGUGUCUGAGACACCAGGGCAGCUGUGAGGAUUUACCAAUCCCUGGUGCCUAUCAUCGUGGGCAAAACUCAGGGCCCAACAAGAUGCUGGGCUCCUGGGCAACCCCUCCUCAGCAAGGUCCGCUCCUAUAUGCCCCACUGUUAUUGGUGGAGGAGGGUGCAGUGAGGGAAGGUUACCUCAGCAAAUCCAGUGGUCUACUAUGCACCUCCACCUGUCUUCACAUGCCUGGAACCCAUUCUGAGCCCAGUUAUAGCAAGAGGGGCAUUGCGAACAGCCUGGUGGAAGCUGUGCUCAUCUCUGAGGGGUUGGGCCUCUUUGCCCAAGACCCACACUUUGUGGCCCUGGCCAAGCAGGAGACUGCACAUGCGGGCCACCUGACCUUGGCCCUGGCCAAGCAGAAGAUUGCACAUGCAUGUCACCAGGAAGUCACCGCCAGUGACUUGCUGGCACAAGGGGCCAGCUCACUCUAUAGCGAGGAGGAGUCCAUAAUCUCCCGCUUUGAUGAGGAGGACCUGAAAGAUGAGAUAACCUGCAUGCAUGCCCUCUGA